GAAAUCAUACUUUCUUGAAUGUUUAUUUUUCAUGAGUAAAAGUAUUGGCCAAUAGCCGGUGACUGACCGUUGCAUCGUUAUUGCAUAGGAUUUUGCCGCGCAAAACAUAUAUGAUCGCUUGAGUCGUGACAACUACGUAAUAAAUAUUUGAGAUUAUUAUUAAAAAUGGCAGAUUCUGAUCAUGAGGAAGGAGACAUAGAUAAAUUAGAGCUAUCUUCAGAUUCUGAUACUUUAAUGACAAAGAAGAGGCCACGAGAAGAAGAUUCUGCAGAAGAUGAAGCAAACAAUUUAUCUGUUAAAAAACAACGAAAUUCCUUCGAUGAACAGACAGAAAUAUUAAAAAAAAAUAAUACCAAGACUAUUUCAAAUAAAAAUGGUACAGAUGAAUAUAAUGUAAAAGGAGAAAAGCAUACAAUACAUUCAGGAAGCGAACAAAAUAUACAGGAGGAAUCUCUGUCUGUAUCGAACGUGCACAAAGAAGAAAACAAAGAAAAACAAAACAUUAAGCUAAUCAAACAGGAAAAUGGGAAUGAGAGUCUUUUAAACAAGGAUUGUUCUAUCAUGGAUGAGAAUGUAGGAAAUAUGAAAAAGGAGGAUAGUUCAUACAAAAAAUCUAUUACAAAUACCAUUGCAAUAUCUAUUUCUAAUGAUGAGGAAGGAGAAAAAGAAAAUAAUGAAGAAAUUAAUGAAGCAGACGAGCAAGCAAAAGAGCAAAAUGAGAAAAAUGGGAUAAAAAAAAAACAUAUUGCAAAAAAUCGAAAUGUGGAUACAGAAGUAGUAGAUGGAUUGGAGCUCUCAGUGGAAUGCGCGAGUGAUAAAGAAGAACCGAGUUCCGAAAGUGAAAGUGAAAAAGAAAUAAAACCGCGUCCAAAGACGAUAAUUAUUAAAGCUGAACCAAAUGAAUCAGAACUGGAAUGUAGUACGUCAGAGGCAGAAAAAUCUGAUUCGCAAGUGGUCACUAACACAUUGGAGAUUAAAUCAGAAAAAAAGGUAAAAAAAAGAGGAUCACGAACAAGUUUUAGUAAAUUAAAAGGUUCUGAAUCUGAGGACAGCCAAAAUAAUAAUUCAGAUGAAGAUUAUAGUCCACGGACUAAAAAAAUGAAAAAAUCUCCAAUAACUAAGAAAACGAAACGUUCUGUGGAUUCAAAAAGAGGACGAGGUGUAAAAAAACAUCCUUCCAAAAAAAGUACUGAACAUAUAUCUGAUGAUGAAAGUGUGACUUCGACAGAGAGAAUUAAUAAAUCAAGAAAAACUAAAAACGAAACGGAAGAAGAAUUAUCGGAAAAGGAUUCUUCGGCAAGCGAAAGUAAUAAUAAUUCUGAAAAUGAGAAAGAAUUUUCGAAAAAUAGAAGGACGAGACGUAGUACAGCUGAGCCAGACAACAAUAGCCAAAUACAAAAAUUGAAAAAAUAUAUAAAGGCUGCUGGUAUAAAAAUAAGAUCUUAUAACGAUGUUUGGGCUGAUUGUCGGAAUAAUUCUGCAAGAAUAAAUCGCUUAAAAGAAUUAUUAGAAAAAAAUGGUAUUAGUGGGAGGCCAACAUUGGAAAAAUGUAAACGAGCAAAAAAAAAGAAAGAGAGAAUGCAAGAAGUAUCCGAAUUAGAUAUAUCCAACAUUAUAUCUGAAGGACGUGUUACGCGCGCAAGAAGAAAUAUGAAUAAAAACUCAACAUCUCCAGAUACAUCGCAACGACAUCGAGAAACUUGCAAACGUAUUCAUACCAUUGUUGAUAGUGAUUCGGAAUAGAACUUAGCAGGCUAGCAACAUCCACAAUUUAUUAAGCAACAUAAAUAUCUAAACUAUGUGCAUAAGGGCAUACCAGCAUACUGCGUAUGUAUAUAAAUAUUUUCUAAUAUUCAUAUAUUUUUGUAUAUCAUAAUUAUUCUUAUAGUCUUUUUCUAUUUCUUUUCUUCAAUGAAUUAUUAUGAAUAAUUAUACAUGAUAUAUUAAUUAAAAAUAUAGGAUGGAACUCAUCUUUAUUAUAUUGAUUCGUCACUUCUACUCGUAAUUAAAGUAAAUUAUUAAACAUGCAAAAAAUAUAAUUUAUAUAAACUUCUAACACUUAUAUUUAGUAUGAAAAGAAUAAAAAAGUUUUGUGUGCAGGAAAAGUAUGUAAAAAAGGAUUAUAAAUGGAACGGGUUAUAAUAUAUAAAUGGAAAAAAUUAUAAAUGAAGCAAACAAAGAAUUUAAUAUUGUCAAAUUUUAAGAUAGAUGUGUUUUGCUUAAAUGAAUAUUAGAAACAAUAAUGAGCCAAGUUUUUAAAUAUAGAAGCAACAUUCAAAAUAUUUAUCGCAAAUCUAUUUUUC